UUCACCUACACUUUCGGAAUCACUCUGUGUUUAUCUUAAAGUUUAGGAAAUAGUGAGCAAACUUGAAAACUGGUAAAAAUGCUACGAUUGUUAUGUUUUUAUUUGUGCAUUACUUUCAUAAUUUGUGAUCCGCUAGAGUUCCUAAGUGAAAAAGAAAAAGAGGCUCUUGGCAAAAUGCAUAUCCUGGACCUUCCAGAAAACGCUCAACGUGUUGUGCGAGCAGUCACUCUUCAUGGAAAUGCGACGGCUCAUUGGUGUUGUAACGUUGCCACGACAAAGAAAAUCACACAGACACAUUCACAGCUUCUGUACACUAAACAAAUCAGGGAUCGCGUGUCUCAUCAUCACUGUGGCUUUCUGGGAUUGUCACGAUGUGCCAGGCAUCACUACUACUAUAUCUCGGUACCGCAAUACAAAACAACAUACUCAGUAAAGGUCAUUCACACCAGCUGUCCCAACAAAAACCUAGUUUGCUGUAAAGGAUACGUUCUAGUAGCCGGUAGUUGUGUCCCUCUAAGUGAAAUAUCUAACAUUAAGGACGACCUCAUCAAUCUACAUAAUGGCGGAAUUGUCGUUGGAUGAAUAUAAAUUUAGCAGAAAAUAACAAUAAAAAUUUGAGGAAGUA